AUGCCUUUAAAAAUUAAAUAAAUGAAAUCAAAACAAUCAAAGCAAUCCUCCUCCAUCAUUGCAAGUGAUUCAGUUUCCGAUUUCAGUUCUGGCGUAUCAGUGAAAUCUGACAAAGUGGCAAUUGUUGCCUAAUUAGGAGAGCUAGCAUCUGCAAUAGAAUAAAAGGCAACUGAAUCAGAGAAUCAAAAGGAAAUAGAAAAUCCUGAAGAAAUGCAUUGUCCAUUGGAGUUCAAACUAGAUUUAAGCAUGAUUAUUCAGAAGAAUGGGAAAACUGAUGAAUUUUAUAAUUUAGUACUGUAAAGUUAUUUGGAAAAACAAAAUAAGCCAACUGAAUACUUAUUUUAAGACCCCAAGGGUUUGGAUGAUGAAGAGAGAAUUAGGUUUUUGAACUGGUUGGUAGAGAUCACACAGGCAUAUUCAAUGAAUUAUUCGACGUUUUUCAUAGUUUGUUCUAUUUUGGAUGAAUAUUAAAAGAUAACUCGAAAGUAAGUUUUAAUUAUAGAUGAUAGUGUUACAAAAGAUAAUCUUCACUUAACAGGUGUUAGUUGUAUAUAUUUGGCAUCAAAGUUUAACGAUGUCAUACCAUUAAGAUUAGAUUAGGCAAUAGAUAUUUCACAUCAUAGAUUGGCUAGAACUAAGAUUUUGUAGAGAGAGCUAGAAAUUUUUGAAAGUUUAGAUCAUUAACUUAAUUUUUCUAAUGGUUUUUUGUUUUUAACCUUAUUAUUAAGACUAUAUUUGAGUAAGAUAAAAGAUAAGGAGAAUGAUAUAAUUGAGAUAGCUUACUUUACAUUAAAGUUGUGUUGCUUCGAUUAUAUACUGUAAAGCAUGUAUUACUAAAGCGAGAUAUCUGCUGGUUGCUUAUCCUUUGCAGUGAUGCUUGUGAACUCAAAUAACCAAGGAAAAGUGAGUGAUGAUAUAGCUACAUCUCUUGUAAAAUUGGAUUGCAUAUUAAUUAGGUACAUUUACUAAAGACAACAAAUGUGGUGAAGAGCCAGUAUGUAACAGAUGUUGGAGCACAUAUUGAAGGAUUGGUGGACAGAUACUUUUAUGAUACGGAUUUUCGAGGGAAGAUAUAAAAAUUAAUUGUGUAUAACUUAACCUAAACUGAGUUGUUGAAGUCUUACAUCGAAAUUAGGAAUAAUGAUUCAUGA